AUGAGUGCUUUUACUCUUCCUUCAGCCGAAGGUCGCACUGUCGCCGUACUUGGCGGAGGCGUACUCGGCCGCCGCAUUGCAUGUGGCUGGGUUGCAAGCGGAUUCGACGUUGUCAUCCGUGACCCAAGCCCUGAACAAAGGGCUGCUGCCGUAGAAUACUGCAACACCAGCAUGUCUCAAUACUCAGACUCAGAGACCCGAGGAACUGUCACAGCUGUCAAUGAUCUCGCUGAGGCUGUUGAAAAGGCAUGGCUCGUCAUCGAGGCUGUCCCCGAGAAGCUUCCACUCAAGAUGUCAACUUUUGCAGACUUGGAAAAGCUCACAUCCCACGACACUAUCCUCUGCAGCAACUCAUCUUCUUACAAGUCAAGGGAGAUGGUCGAGGGCCUCAAGCCGGAAACGAAACGACGCGUUCUGAAUAUGCACUAUUACAUGCCACCUGACUACCGCGUCGUCGAGCUCAUGACCGACGGCGAAACCGAUGAGACCAUCUUUCCAUUCCUAUAUGAAAAACUCGAAGAGAUCAAGUUUCACCCAUAUAUCGCACGCAAAGAGUCAACCGGCUUCAUCUACAACCGUCUCUGGGCUGCUAUCAAGCGUGAGGUCCUAAACAUCCUCGCCGAAGAAGUCUCUACCCCAGAGGAGAUUGAGAAGCUCUGGAAGGAGAUGUGGUAUGCCAAAGAGAAGGGACCAGUUGCUAUGAUGGAUGCAGUUGGCCUUGAUACUGUGUCUUUUAUUGAACAGCACUACAUUGCGGAGCGUGGAUUGCCCGAUACGCCAGUCAAGUUCCUUCAGAAGUUCAUUGAUCAAGGCAAGUUGGGAGCCAAGUCCGACAAGGGUGGACUGCUCCCUCCAAAGCAGCCUUUUGACUCAGAUCAUGAAUCUUUGCUCUACUUCUUAGACAUUGGGCUGUCAAGUGGAAACCCAAAAGGCUAUGCUUCUGCUGGUCGUGUACUAGUUGGCUCUAGCGAUGGAAUGCCGAUGAAGACGCUUGUCUCAGGUCAACACAUGCCUGAUGGUAUUGACAUUUCGAAGUCUGCGGGAAAGCUUUUCUGGACCUGCAUGGGCAAUCCUCCCGCAAACGACGGUGCUGUCUACAGUUGCAAUCUAGACGGAACAGAUCUCAAGGAGAUUGUCCCUCGAGGCUCGGUACAUACACCAAAGCAGCUGACUGUCGAUAGCACGAACUCGAAGCUGUACUUCGCUGAUCGCGAGGGGAUGAGGAUUAUGAGAUGCAACUUUGACGGCUCUGAGCUCGAACUCCUUGUCCAAACUGGUGAUUGGCAGGUUGAUUCGCAUAUGCUAAACCCUACAAGGUGGUGUGUCGGCAUCACAGUAUCACCUUCCACUGGAAAGUUUUACUGGUCGCAGAAGGGUCCAUCCAAGGGCGGACAGGGUCGCAUUCUUCAAGCCAACAUCGAUUUCCAACCUGGCGAAGAUGCACAGAGCAGGAAGGAUAUCGAGGUACUGUUCCAGGGUUUGCCAGAGCCUAUCGAUUUGGAGAUCGAUGAGGAUGAGAAUGUUCUCUACUGGACGGAUCGGGGCGAGCUGCCGGAUGGCAACACCAUCAACCGUGCUAAGCUCGAUGGAAUUACAAGGGUGAAUCACGAUGGUUCAAGUCAGUCAAGCAAAGACUAUGAGGUUGUUGCUCGGGGAUUGCACGAAGCUAUCGGCGUCAAGCUGGACUCGAAGAACCGUCGAAUCUUCGCCACUGACUUGGGAGGCUCGGUGUACCAGUUCGAUUUGGAUGGUGGGAACAGAAAGAAGUUGUACGAAGAAUCCGGUGCGUUUGUGGGUAUCACUGUGGCGUAG